AUGGACACCAUUUUUGAUAAAUUAAAAUGGAUGAAUCCUAAUCCUAUCUUGGUUAAUAUAAAUUUUCUCAAUUGCCCACAUUCGGAAGAGCCGAAAGCGACAAAAUUAGAUACGUCAAUGACGCUCGAGAAAAUCCGUGAGGUGCUCUCACAAUGUGAAAAUGGUGAAUCCAUCAUGAAGUUCGAUAUGUACUUUUGUAACAGUGGAGGCUCGAAUGUGAUACGAAGGAGCGAAGAAACAACUAUUUGUCUCUCCGAGAUACUCGGUAACAACGACAAUCUCUGGAUUAAGCGAAGCGAGAAACUUGAAGAAGUAAUGCCUCGUUUAAUUAAAGAGAAAAAGUUAGAUUGUGGCAUUCGAUGGACUGAAAAUGCGCCAGAACAGUCUGAUAACAUAGCAUUCAAGUUUAACAGAUAUGAGUUCGGAACACACUACCCUGAAUAUAGAUGUAGCUUUGAAAAAAGUGACAAGAGACUCUGUAAAAAUGGCAUUGAAUGGGAGCUUGAUUUGAAUAUGUCAUGGUUACCAUUUGCCGGUUCGAUAAGCGCAUACUUUGCGCAAAAAGGAUCAAACGGAGUUGAACAUAAAUCAUCCCGGAUACUCGAAAGAUAUAGUCGAAAGAGAUUAUUGAUGAAAAGAAAACAAAUAGAACCUUCUGAUGAAUUCAGGAAUGAAGUAGAGCAAGCUUUGAAUUUGGGGAGUCAAAAGGAGAUGCGUGACGCACUGAAUAAAGUUUGCGAGAAAUAUGGGCAUUUUUGGGCUCCAACAAUACAACUGGGAGGAUUGAUUAUCAAAAACGAGGAAGAGCAUAAAGAAACCAAUGUUAAAUCGACUGGUGGAACUAUAGGCAUUGAUACCACGUCAGGAACAGCACCAAUGGAAAUAAAUGGUGGAAUAAAUCGGAAUAAUGAAACGCUGAACCAAAACUUAUCAAGCAAUUCAGACAAGAAUAUUACAGUUGUUGGUGGUAAUGAGCCAACUUACAAGCGUGAAGAGGAUACAGAACAAUGGCUUGAAACACUUGAAGAUUGCUUUACCUGGAAGAUAGUAGAUUAUGAAGAUGUAGUUCCAAUAUUUGAAAUUUUUGAAGGAACUACACGAAAUUCUAUUAUUGAAGCAUUUGGUCCAAGAAUAUGUUACUAUGGGAUUAAUGUAUUGAAGCUUUCAAAAAAGACUUUAUAUCGUCCACUAAUAAUCGAUACUGAUAUAUGGAAAGGAAUUAACCAGCAUCAAAUUUUUGCAGACGUCAUGUGUGAUGACAAGGGAGAUGCAAUAUUUGCAGUAAAUAUUGAAGAAAUGGCAUUUGGGCCACCAUAUAUAUAUAUUUCCAAAGUUCGGGAAGCUAAUUUCAACAAUAUAUUUGGGAAGAGCUAUACAUUGAAAAUAGCCUACAUUAUCACAGGCUAUCCACAAUCAUUCAUCUCCCAAACAAUUGAUGAAUUACCUGUUGAAGUUGAUGUUGUUGAAGGAGAAAAGAGAGAUGAUAAGUUUGUUGCUUCAUUGCCAAGGAUUUUAAAUAUUCAAGGUAAUCAAAGCAUUGUCUUAAUUACUUGUUAUGUAACACGGCAGACUAUGCGAUCAACUGGUGCUGGCAAUUAUAUGAUAUUUGCAAUGCACCUUCACAAGGAUGAUACCACUAUUACUGAGGUAUGCAUUUCUGGUCAAUUAGAGUCACCCAACGGCAACAUGGCAGGUCGUUCCAAAGAGGCAAAAAUGAAUAUUGAUUUAGUUGACGCGAAAGUAGGCGAAGUGGUCACUCGCUUCCCACCAGAAGCCAGUGGUUAUUUGCAUAUAGGUCAUGCUAAGGCGGCAAUGUUGAAUCAGCAUAUAGCCAAAGAAUACAAGGGAAAAUUGAUUGUUAGAUUUGAUGACACUAACCCCAGUAAAGAAAAGCAAGAAUUCGAGGAUUCUAUAAAGGAGGACUUGGCUCUAUUGGAAAUAUAUCCAGAUCAAUGGACAUAUACAUCUGACCACUUUCAGGAACUAUAUGAAUACGCAGUGAAGUUAAUCGAGAAAGGAUUGGCCUAUGUCGAUGAAACUGACGUAGAGACGAUGAGAUACCAAAGGAUGCGUGGAAUACCGUCAGCAAAUCGUGACCGUUCAAUUGAAGAAAACUUGAGACUCUUUAAAGAAAUGACUGACGCGACGGAGUUUGGUCAAACAUGCUGUCUUCGAGCCAAGAUUGACAUGAAGAAUCCUAAUAAAGCAUUGCGUGACCCUGUUUUAUACAGAUGCAAUCUGUUACAUCACAAUCGAACGGGUGACAAGUGGAAAGUAUAUCCUACUUACGAUUUUGCUUGUCCAAUCGUUGAUUCGGUUGAAGGAGUAACACAUGCAAUGAGAACAAAUGAAUAUCGUGAUCGUAAUCCUCAGUAUGAAUGGAUACUCAAUUCAUUAGAACUACGAAAAGUUCAUAUUCGUGAUUUCAGUCGUAUGAACUUUGUAUAUACUCUUUUAUCAAAGCGUAAAUUACAAUGGUUUGUGGACGAAGGUCUUGUAACAGGCUGGGACGAUCCUCGAUUCCCAACUGUUCGUGGCAUUCGUCGUAGGGGAUUGACGGUCGAAGCACUGAGGCAGUACGUUUUCACGCAAGGAGCGACGCAGAACGACGUUACGUUAGAGUGGGAUAAACUUUGGGCUCUUAACAAAAAGGUCAUUGAUCCUAUUGCACCAAGACACACCUCUAUCUUGACUGAAACCAUUGUCCGGGCCAAGAUUACAGGUGGUCCCGCCGAAUCUUAUAUAAAAGAUAUGCCUAAACAUAAAAAGAACCCCGACGUUGGUACAAAGAAGACCGCCUAUAGCUCGGAGAUAUUCAUUGAGCAAGGAGAUGCAAAGACGUUUGGACUUGAAGAAGAGAUUACCUUAAUGGACUGGGGCAAUGCCAUAGUAAAGUCAAUCACUAAAUCAGAAGACAAUCCUGAAAUAGUAUCGACUAUUGAAUUGCAACUGCAUCUGGAGGGUGAUUUUAGGAAGACCAAGAAGAAAAUCACAUGGUUAGCUGACACCGAACAUGUAGCGAAGGUUAAACUGGUUGAUUAUGAUUAUUUAAUCAAUAAGAAAAAACUAGCUGAAAAUGAUGAUGUCAAGGAUUUUUUAACGGCGAAGACCGAAUUUCUUGACGAAGCGAUUACUGACGGCAAUGUAAGAGAUUUGAAGAAAGGUGAUAUAAUUCAAUUUGAGAGACGUGGAUAUUACAUAUUUGACUCGGAUGCAUCGUCGGACGAUAUACGUUUUAUUCGUAUCCCCGACGGCAAAGCAUCUAAUGUGGCGUCUAAAGCAAAAUAA